AUGAAGAACACGCGCAAGAUCUCGCCCGAGCUGCAGUCGACCAACACGGGCCAAGGGAUGCACCGGGACACGUCCAUGAACAAGUUCACGACCAUGUCCACGGUGCGGACCCCGGCCUUCCACAAGGCUGGCACGAUGCGCACGCCGACGCAGCGCUGGGGCAUGGCGAUCCUCGAGCGCAAGUCGUACGCGGGCUUGAUGAGCUUCAUCACGCUCUACUGCCUCUUCGCUGAUGACUUUCGAGCUGCCUUCUUCAGCAAGAGCGCCGACAUGGGCUUCUACGCCGUCGCGUUCGUCUGUCUUCUCCUCUUCCUUGUCGAGUUUGCCAUUUCGUGCCGCUGCAAACCGGGCUACCUCCUCUCGUUCUACUUUUACCUUGACGUGAUCGCCACGCUCUCGCUUCUGCCCGACAUUGGGUUCAUUUGGACGCCACUGACCAGCGCCGACACGGUCUCCAGCGUCUCGAAAGCGGGCUCGACGGCCGGGCGCAUCGUCCGCGUCGUCCGCGUCAUCCGACUCAUCCGCGUCGUGAAGCUCAUCAAGUGGAAGCACAGCAACGCCGAGUCCGAGUUGGUCAUCGUCGAGAGCAAGACCGGCGGGCGCAUGGCGGAAAUGACCAUCCGCCGCGUCGCGCUGAUCGUGCUCUUCCUCUGCUUUGUGCUCCCGGCUUUCGACGGCGGCUACAACGAGUCGUUCAACCUCUUUGAGUCGCGCGGCUUUGACUUGAUCCACCAAAUGGUGGACACGCCGCUGACAGUCUACACGUUUGACGUGACCAACCCCAAGCCGGGGUUUGCGACGCCAAAGUUUGAGCUCGACAAGCGGGGCAAAGAAGUGCAGGUGCCCGUGGACUUUGAGAACGACGCCGAGUACAAGGAGAUCCGCGAGGGUCUGGACCCGGCCUUUCUCGAAGCGGCGUCCAACGGCGUCGAACUCUACCUCCAUGGCGACUGGCGCGGGGCCAAAAUGGCUUUCAACCAAGCCCUCGAGCUGCGGCCGGGCGACGGCCCCGUGUCGCACGUCAUGAGCUACAUGAAGAGCUUCGACUACAACGCUCCACACGACUGGGAAGGAGUCCGUGACCUCGACGGCUACUGA